AUGCCGUGGUAUUGGCCUUUUGCGAAGAAUAGUGUAUCAACAGAAACAUAUUCGAUUAAUAAUCCGACAUAUAUUGAAGGUAUCAGUGAUGAUGCAAUACUUUUAUUUGUUUUUACAUUAAGUCUAAUUGGUCUUUUGGUUUAUUAUUCAAAUCGUGAACGUAAUACAAAUAUUCAUCCAGAUAAUCGACAAGAUGUUGAAAUAUUACGUGAACGUGCUCAACAAAAUGCUCAAGCAAAUACAGCUAAUGGAAUAAUACCAUCAGCACUUACUGGUCGACCUCGUCAUGAUGUUUGUCCAAUUUGUCUUAGUGAUUCAUCAGUAUUAAGUGUUGAAACAAAUUGUGGACAUUUAUUUUGUGGUAAUUGUAUAAUUACAUUUUGGAAAUAUCAAGCGAAUUGGAUGAGUGGAAUGAAAUGUCCAGUAUGUCGACAAUCGGUCACCGUCCUUCUUACAUGUUUUACUACUGAUGAAGAAACAUCACCAGAUAAUGGAGAUCGUCAAACGGUCAUAAAUGAUGUUCGAGAUUUUAAUCGACGAUUUUCUGGUGCUCCAAGAUCGUUUCGUGAAUACAUUUCUGAUAUACCUGUGUUAAUUCCCUAUAUAAUUCGACAAAUAUUUACUUUUCAAAGUAUAGCUUGGGCGUAUCGUUUACGGAUUAUUUUUAUAUUUUUCACUGUAAUUGCAUAUAUUAUUUCACCAUUGGACAUUUUACCAGAAAGUAUUCUCGGUUUUCUUGGUUUAUUUGAUGAUGUUUUAAUCAUAUUAUGUGCUGCACUCUAUAUUAUUAUCGCUUAUAGAGAGUUUUUAUCUCGCAGUUAA